AUGGAGGCCCUGCAGAGGCAGCAGGCGGCUCGGCUGGCCCAAGGGGUGGGGCCCUUGGCCCCUCCACACUUACCUCUGCCACAGCCUCCCUUGCCUGGCUCCCGAACCGUACAGGCUCCUAAGGGGGUCUUGGGGGAGGUUGGGGCUGAGGAAGAGGAGGAUACUGAAGAGGAUGAGGAGGGAGAGGAAGCCGGAGCAGAGGAGGCAGCCGAGGAGAGCCAUCCAGGGGCCGAGGUUCCCAGCUCACCUUCCAGCCAGCCCCCUGGACCCCAUCCCCAUGAGUGGACCUAUGAGGAACAGUUCAAGCAGCUGUAUGAACUUGAUGCAGACCCCAAGAGAAAAGAAUUUCUGGACGACCUGUUUAGCUUCAUGCAGAAGAGGGGGACGCCAGUGAACCGCGUGCCCAUCAUGGCGAAACAGGUACUGGACCUGUACGCAUUGUUUCGCCUGGUGACAGCCAAAGGAGGCCUGGUGGAAGUCAUCAACCGAAAAGUGUGGCGCGAGGUCACGCGCGGCCUCAGUUUACCCACCACCAUCACCUCCGCCGCGUUCACCCUACGCACUCAGUACAUGAAGUAUCUGUACCCGUACGAGUGCGAGACGCGGGCGCUCAGCUCCCCCGGAGAGCUGCAGGCCGCCAUCGACAGCAACCGGCGCGAGGGCCGGCGCCAGGCUUACCCCGCCGUCCCGCUCUUCGGCCUAGCGGGCCAGGCUCCCCGGGGCGCCCCGGGCCCCGCCCCGGCCGCGCCCCUGCCCCCGCCCGGCCCCGCCCACGGCUCCCCCGCGGGCUUGCCCGCGCACGCGUGCGCUCAGCUGAGCCCCGGCCCCAUCAAGAAAGAGGAGAGCGGUAUUCCAACCCCUCGUCUGGCACUACCUGUUGGCUUGGCACUGGGGCCUGCACGAGAGAAGUUGGCACCAGAGGAGCCUCCAGAGAAGAGGGCUGUGCUGAUGGGCCCCAUGGACCCACCUCGACUGGGUGCAGCCCCUAGUUUCCUGCCACGUGGCAAGAUUCCUCUGAGGGAAGAGCGGCUGGAUGGGCCCCUUAAUCUGGCAGGCAGUGGCAUCAGCAGUAUCAACAUGGCACUAGAGAUCAAUGGGGUGGUCUACACUGGCAUCCUGUUUGCCAGACGCCAGCCUGUGCCAACUUCCCAGGGUCCAACCAAUCCUCCUCCCCCAUCCUCUACAGGGCCCCCUUCCAGCACCUUGCCCUGAGAGCGCCUACUCAGAGAUAAGAAUCCCAGCCUCACUGCUGAGGGGAGAGAAGGUACUCUCCCACAUUGAUUCUUUCAGGAUACCCAGUCUGGAACCCAGUCCUGGGAGAUGUCGGCACCCUACCUCCAUGGCUAAGGGAUUUCUUUUCCAUCUACCUCAUUGUAAAAGGAGGGCAUCACCCUCCCCGGCCAAUUCCAGCAGUAUUUACCAAAGAAUUCUUCCCUCAGCAACCUGGAUCAUCUCCUCAUCUGCCCUCCCCCAUGUUAAUGUCAUCUUUGGCACCCCACUUCUUUGAGUCGCGCCUGCUUCCCUUCAGGAGUCAGGUGAAAGGUUGGAUUGGGGUGUUGUGUAGACGUCCUUCAGGUCACUUCUGGAAAUAAAAUUGC